AAAAACCAUCCAUUAAGUAGUGCAAAGCUUUCCCACAUGAAGUCUACAUAUAAACCAUCUCAGGGAGAGAAUUCAAGACCUUCUCUCUUUCUCACUUCUCAUCACUAAACAUGGAUUUAUGGAAGGAGGGCAACAAUCUCUGCUUUCUAUCUCCUACUUUCAUUGAAUGGCUCAAGCCAUCUUCCUCCUCCUCUUCCUCUUCCUCUUCACUUACCUCAUCAUCAUCAUCUUCUUCUUCCGUGACUCAACAAAUUCAGCUCACAAACCCUAUGAGCAUACUAAAACUUCCUCUCUUGUACCCGCAAGAACAACUGCCUCAUCAACAGCAAGAAUUUGUGAAAGAAACCGUCGAGUGCUUGCCUCUUCUAAGCAGACUCUCAGAGGAUAGUAAAACAUUGAAAGAGGAGGGUAUGAGGGUGCAAGAAACUAGUACUGUUGGAGUUAAAGAAGAGAAUAUUACAGUGGCCUUGCACAUUGGACUGCCUAAUAGUGGUGGAGAUUCUCAAGUCGAGACAAAAGUUUUUGACUUUAAUAAGGAAGAAGAGCAACAUGCCAUCAAGAAAAGCGUCCAUGGACACUGCCCCUUCAACACAGAGAAUAGGUUUUGGAUCCCAACUCCAGCUCAGAUCCUUAUAGGGCCUAUGCAGUUUGAGUGCUCCAUAUGCAGCAAAACCUUCAAUAGGUACAAUAACAUGCAGAUGCAUAUGUGGGGACAUGGAUCUGAAUUCAGAAGGGGACCAGACUCACUUAAAGGAACACAACCAGCAGCAAUGUUGAGGCUACCUUGCUAUUGCUGUGCACAAGGGUGCAAGAACAACAUCAACCAUCCAAGAGCUAAGCCAUUGAAAGAUUUCAGGACCCUUCAAACGCAUUACAAAAGAAAGCAUGGAGCAAAGCCAUUUAUGUGCAGAAAAUGUGGGAAAACAUUUGCAGUUAAAGGAGAUUGGCGAACCCAUGAAAAGAAUUGUGGAAAGCUAUGGUAUUGUACUUGUGGUUCAGAUUUCAAGCACAAAAGAUCACUCAAAGAUCACAUUAGGUCUUUUGGUAAAGGCCACUCUCCUCAUCCUUCUCUUGAAGGUUUUGAAGAUGACAAAGAUUGCAUCACUACUGGCUCUGAAGAAGAUGAAUUUCUUCGCUAGAAAAAGCCAACCAACUGAUGAAUCGAUCUUCCCUCCCUCCUUUUUCUUUUUCUCGCUUGUUUUUGGGGUUGAAUAUAUAUAUAAUAUCUGCUAAUUAUACGCACCUAAGCUUGUGCUCAGUAACAAAAAAUUCUCAGGAGAAUGCAUGAGAGGGAGCGGUUUGCUACGGAGCACUUGCUGCUGGAAGAUGAUGAGCAGAUUACUAAUAAAGAAAGACAGCAAGAUUACCUCCUCAAGUGGUGAUGAAGUCGAUGAAUUUUCUUCUCCCUGUGAUGUGAUGAUGAUUAUGAUGAUGAUCAUCUCCAACAUUAAUUAAUUUGGUGGAGAAAAUUUGCCCGCUUCAUUGUUAAUUAACUGGUAAUCUUUUUAUUAAUAUACACUGAUUUUGUUUGUUGUUGUACGUACUUGUCAAUUUGUGUUCUCAUCAUUAUAGAAUUUUCUUAUUGAAAAA